CGCAAAGUUGGCAACACUGUUUGUGUCGUAUUUACAAAAAGAGUCGAAAAUCAGGCACUUUUAUCUCGUUUUUCAAUUCACAAAAACAAGAGGAAAAAUGCAAGGUUCACCCGAAAAUAGAGAGUGAUUGUGCAAGAUAAAGCAUCAGCUUGUGCGUGCGUGUACUUAAAUGUUUUUCUCUUUGUGCUUUUUACGUGAAUUUCUUCAUUUUCUGCGAGGGUGUUGCACCCGAGAAGCCAUAUAAAGAGUUGGAAGCAUCUCGUGGGGGAGAAGAGAAAAAAGGUGCUUUAGGAGAGCCUCCGCCACCGAGACAAUGGAUUAUGAGUACGAUGAGAAUCUUGCGGUGAAUGACUUCUUCGUGAUGCUGAAGAAUAAGCAUCAAAUCCUUCUGGAUACAGCACCAAUGGAGAAUUUUGUCAUUCUCAUCCCACGUCGAGGCAGCCUCCCGGAUGUCAAGACACUCGAAACGGAUUUUAUCCUGUCGCACGUUCUCAUACCCAAUGAUGAGCUACCAGGAAGUCACUUUACCACCCUUAUGGGGGAGAAGGUGAGCUGCAAUGGGGACGGCAAGAGGAUUUCCGUGGAGACAACAUCAGGACAAGUGGAGGCGCUAAUUCUCUUUGAGGAAGUCAUCUACACAAAAGACAGCUCCAAGUAUCGCGUGUGGUGCAUUAAUACACCAAUUUGGCGGCAUCCAGGUGAUUUGGGGAGACGAAAAUCCACUCCCAGCACGGAUCUGUACACAAUUCUCACAGCUCACGAUGCUGGACAACUUCUGGCCAAUGAGAUUAGUUCUCAGACAAUCUUCAAGCGUAUCCAGGCCAUUUGCCGUGAAUACAUCACCGUCAAUUCCACACAGGACUUCACAAUGGAUCAACUGAGGGACUCCAUUCAGGCACUCUUCAAUAAAUGCCUGAAGAUUGCAAUGCUCAACAAUGGUGUACUGAAGAAGAAAUGUCGUGCUGAUGCAUUCUUCCUGCGGAAUGUGAAGCUGGCCCUUGAAACGUACAUCAUGAGCCUCCUGCAUGACUUUGUCUUCGAUCGCGUGACCCUUUGCUACCUUCCGGAGGGUGAGAUCUUCAAUAGGCACCUCCGGAAUGCACUUGACCUCACACCUGAGGACUUUCGCAUUGAUGUCCGUUUCCAGGUGCAUCUGCCGCAGGUUCGCGGUGAGUUGUGUCGCAUUGAGAGCUGCACAACAGUGCUGGAGAAGAUGAAUUGCCUGAAGAAUGCCCUCAAUGUCCUCCCGCGCAAUGGAACGGAGAGUAGUGCAGUGAGUUCUGAUGAAAUAAUUCCCGUUCUUGCAUUCGCCAUCGUUAAAUCCAGCCUCACGCAUUGGAUCACAACGCUGAACUACCUGAAACGUCUCAAAUUUACGAGUUUAUGCGAUAACGGUGUGGAGGAUUACCUCCUGACGACCCUCGAGGCAGCCAUGGCAUUCCUCGAGGGGGGACUUUGUGCAAAGGGGACGAAAGAUCCCACACAACAGGAUACCCGGAUUUUGGAUCGUUUUGCUUCACGUGAGGAUUUCAUUGAGUACUUCCACGGGAAGGUUCGGGGGAAUUGUGAAAGUGAAGUGAUUCGCCUCAUGGAUGUGGCUCACAUGGAGAUUGAAUCGCUCAACAGGAAGCUCUGUCAUCCACUCUGUGAUUGCCCUGAGUGUCGUGACGUCAUGGGGCAGAGUGUCCCAGAUGUGAAUUGUGCCACAGACGACGGGCGAACGGCGUUGCAUGUGGCUGCUGCUGCAGGUCCCGCCAAGAUGGUAACGCUGCUGAUUGCUCUGGGUGCGCGCGUGAAUGUGCGUGAUCGUGAUGGGGUGACACCACUUCAUGUGGCCGCCAAAGCAGGGCAACAGAGCACGUUGCUACUCCUCCUGCACGCAGGAGCGAAGAUUGAUGUUAAAACCAACAUUGAAGCGGAAACGCCACUUCAUCUAGCAGCUGCAAAUGGGCAGGAUCGUUGCGUAAAGGCCAUUCUGUACUUCUGCGAUCACAUGCACGUCCCACAGAUAAGUAUCAAUGCAAGAAACAAUCGUGGGGAGACACCGCUUCAUUUGGCAGCUCGUUGGGGUUUUGGGAGCAUUGUGGAGUCCCUGAUGGAGUUUGGGGCACGUCGGGAUGUUCGCAAUAAGUUGGGUAUUGCUGCUGUUGAUGCAUCACACAACACCCAUAUUCGUACCCUCAUUGAGGGUGCUGUGAGUGUCUUUGCAGCACCGCAGCAGCACGUGGCUACAGCGGGGCGACGAGUGGCUGCUGGUGCUGCUAAUGGGACGCCGGAGGUGAAGGUGGAGAAGAUUAUUGAUGCCAUUGUGCAGGGUGACACAAAUCUCGCCCUCUUCUACCUGAACAUUGAUCCGCUUUGUCUCACAAAUGGUGGCCACAAAAUCACGUGCACGUGCUCCGAGGUACUCUGUCAGUGCCCCACGCAACCCGUGCGGAUCUCACCGCCAUCGCAGCAGCGUGUGCCGCUGGUGAAUGUUACCACGGAGGACGGGAUGACGCCCCUUCAUGCAGCCAUACGGUACAACAAUGUCCUCAUGACGCACACCUUGCUGGCUUUUGGGGCAAAUCCGCGCGCCAAGACGCGCGCAAUGUGGCACACACCGCUUCAUUUUGUUGCAACGGCUCAAGAGCUGGACGCCGUUGUGGUCUUCCUGGAUCACACAACCAAAGACAUCAUCGACGAUGAGGACAUCAAGGGCAAUACAGCCCUACAUCUCGCCCUUAUGGCAUCAAAUUUGAAUCUCGUGGAACUUUUGCUCAAAUACAAUCCCGACGUAACACGACGCAAUUGCGACGGGCAGCGUCCCAUUGAUCUGGCAAGGAGUAAGAUGCUCUUCAGCAUUGUCCAGCAACUUGAGAAUCUCAGCGAAAAUGCGGACUUUUGAAUUAUUUUUUUUAGCUUUUUUUAACAUUAUGUCGCGCAGCUAGUCAAACAAACUUAUUUUAUUCUUGACGCACAGAGAAAGAAAAUUCUUUUAAAAAUUCACUUUUUAAUCUUUGUUUUAUUUCACUUCUUUUCUGUUUUGUUUUGUAAUUUAUCCAACUAAAUCUGUAGUAAUCAUCAUUUUUUUGUAUAAUUUCUUCUUCAAACAAAUUGUGCUUCCAGAGACAUUCUUCUUCGGCAUUUCUACAAUAUAUUUACAAAGGAUUUUUUGUUAAUUUUAUUAUUAAUUGUUGUUUCUUUAUUAAAAAUUCUAAAUUAAAAUAAUAUAUUAAAAGAAGCUGUUUGUAUGAUUUUAUUUACAUUUUUACGAUAUUUUUCCACUAUUCUCUUUUUUUUUUCUUUCGUUUUAUCUCUCACUCCUUAAAAUAUUAUGCGGAGAGCAAAGAAACAAAAAGAAAAGAAAAUCAAAACAUGUUAAAAGAAAAGAAAAAAAACAGACAGUCACACUUUCACAUCAUACUAAAUGUUUGUAGAUUAAAAGAAAAGAAAAGACACUAAACAAGAAGAAAACU